ACUUCGCUUUUCUCUGCAAAGCCAUGGAACCGUCAUUGCAACAUCCACCACAACCGCCACCUCCUCCUCCGCCGCGCUCCGCCACCAUUCUCGGAAAGUACCAACUGACCCGGCUCCUCGGCCGCGGCAGCUUCGCCAAGGUCUACCAAGCCCGCUCCCUAAUCGACGGCGCCACCGUCGCCGUCAAGAUCAUCGACAAGUCAAAGACCGUCGACGCUGCCAUGGAGCCCCGAAUCAUCCGCGAGAUCGACGCCAUGCGCCGCCUCCACCACCACCCUAACAUCCUCAGAAUCCAGGAGGUCAUGGCCACAAAGACCAAGAUCCACCUCGUCGUCGAGUUCGCCGCCGGCGGCGAGCUCUUCUCCAAAAUCUCACGCCGCGGCCGUCUUCCAGAGGCCACGGCGCGCCGCUACUUUCAGCAGCUCGUCUCCGCGCUCCGCUUCUGCCACCGCAACGGCGUGGCCCACCGCGACCUCAAGCCGCAGAAUCUCCUCCUCGACGCCGACGGCAACCUCAAGGUCUCUGACUUUGGGCUCUCCGCGCUGCCGGAGCAUCACCAGGACGGCCUUCUCCACACCGCCUGUGGCACGCCGGCGUACACUGCGCCGGAGAUUCUCCGCCGUAGCGGCGGCUACGACGGGUCCAAAGCGGACGCGUGGUCGUGCGGCCUCAUUCUCUACGUUCUCCUUGCCGGUCACCUCCCGUUCGACGAUUCGAAUAUUCCGGCGAUGUGCAAGAAGAUCUCCCGGCGAGAUUACCGGUUCCCGGAGUGUAUUUCGAAGCCGGCCCGUUUUGUGAUCCACAAGUUACUCGACCCGAAUCCGGAGACCCGAAUGAGCGUGGAGGGUCUGUUUGGGAACGCGUGGUUUAAAAAAUCACUGAGAGUUGAAGCAGAAGAGAGAGUGUUUGGAUGGGAUGUUUAUGGGAAGGGUUACGAAGGGAAGGGUUCGAGUGUGAACGCGUUUGAUAUAAUAUCGAUGUCUUCGGGUUUGGAUUUAAGGGGGUUGUUUGAAACGACGUCGAAUAGGAGGGAGAAGAUGUUCACGUCAAGUGCAAAGGUGGAGGUAGUGGAAGAGAAGGUGAAAGAGGUUGGAGGGGUUUUGGGGUUUAAGGUUGAGAUAGGGAAGAAGAAUAGUGCAAUUGGUUUGGUGAAAGGGAAGGUGGCUUUGGUGUUUGAGAUGUUUGAGAUUGUGCCUGCUCAGCUGCUUUUGGUGGCUUUCACGGUGGUGGAGGGUGGUUUGGAGUUUGAGGAACAUCAUUGGGGGGAUUGGAAAGAUGCCUUGCAAGAUCUCGUGCUUUCUUGGCACAACAAUGAAUCAUGAAUAUGUACAUACAGUGAGUGAGUGAGUGAAUAUCAGAAUAUGUACAUUAGAAUGGUGGUUAAAUGUUUUCUCUUCUUCCUUUUGAUUCCAUAGCAAAAAUUUGUGUUUUGAUUGUUGAUAGAUGAUGGUUAUCUUAUUGCAGCUUAGUCCUUAGUUAUACCAUUUUCCAGUUCCUACAAUAAUGUGAAAAUUAAUCCACCACCUUU